AUGCAAGAAACAGCGACUCCAAACUGGACUGUGGAGACACAAAACCAGACCUCAGUGACCGAGUUCAUCCUGGUGGGCCUCUCCAAUGACCCCGAGACACAGCUGGUUCUCUUUGUGGUCUUCCUGGUGCUCUACCUGAUGACGUUGGCUGGCAACUUCCUCAUCGUGGUCACCAUCGUGCACAGCCAAGCCCUUCACACACCCAUGUACUUCUUCUUGAGCAACCUGUCUUUCAUUGACAUCUGCCACUCCACAGUGACUGUGCCCAAGAUGCUUGCUGACUUCCUGUCCACCGAGAAGACCAUCUCCUUCGGAGGCUGUGUGGCCCAGAUGUUCUUCCUUCACCUCUUCGCCUGCACCGAGAUCUUCCUCCUCACCGUCAUGGCCUAUGACCGCUACGUGGCCAUCUGCAAUCCUAUGCAUUACCUCACGGUCAUGAGCCACAAAGUCUGCCUGCUGUUGGCUGGAACCAUCUGGCUAGGCGGUACGGUCCACUCCCUCGCUUUAAUUGGCAUGACCAUCAAACUACCCUACUGCGGCCCCCAGGAAGUCGAUAACUUCUUCUGUGACGUUCCUCCAGUCAUCAAGCUGGCGUGCACCAACACUUACAUCAUCGAGGUCCUUAUCAUUUCCAACUCGGGGCUGAUCUCCGUGGUCUGCUUCGUAGUCCUGGUUGUCUCUUACGGCGUCAUCUUGGUCUCCCUCCGCAACCGUUUCGCUGAAGGGCGGCGCAAGGCCCUCUCCACAUGUGCGGCGCACCUCACGGUGGUGACUCUCUUCCUGGGGCACUGCAUUUUCAUUUACUCCCGCCCCUCCACCAGCUUCAAGGAAGACAAGGUGGUAUCGGUCUUCUUCACCGCCGUGACCCCGUUGCUCAACCCCAUUAUCUACACGCUGAGGAACGAGGAUAUGAAGCGAGCGCUCAACAAACUGAUGGGCCGAAAGCAGAAGAAUGUCCUUCCAGAGAAGACUGGGAAAGCAAACUGGCAGAAUAUGCAAUAA